AUGAACACAAUAGACAACAAUCAAUUUGAGGUAAAAUCUGCUAAAAGAAAGAUUGAAGCAGGACCAAACGUUUAUCUCAAUCCAGCACUGGAUCUCCUUGCUAACGAAGAUCCUAUGGUUAACACUGCCAUGGAAGUAACACCAAACAAAAGACGUAAGCGGACCAAAAGUUGUGAUGUAGUUACUUUUGAAAACAGUGCAUUAGAUUUAGGCAUAAGCAAAUCUGCAGUGAAUGAAUUUUUACAAAGAGAACUUCACAAUGUACGUAAAAAUGUAAAAAAAAAUGAAACUCCUAUUAAACCUAUGAAAACCCUAAGUAUUGAGCCUAUAUAUGCUAAUUUAAGUGAAAUAACACAAAAUAAUUUAAAUAAUACUAUUGUCGUGCCCAAACAGAGUAUUGAUAAUACAAACUUAGAAACAGUUGAUAGUGCAUUAGAAAUUGACUCUGGGAUAUCAGUUCUUGAACAUAAAUCAUUAAACACAGCUACAUUUAAUGGUGAUUUAGAUAAUAAUGACAUAUCAGCAAUAAAUAGCACUACUAAUAUACAGACUAAUGUGACUAACCAAAUAUUCGUAAAUAACUCGAGUAACCUAAAUUUAAGCUUCAUAGAUAGACUAGCUUUAGACUCUCCAUGUACUUCAAACCAAUCUUUAUACUUUGAUGAUGAUUUGAAUGAAAGUAAUAUAAUGGAAAUUAAAACAAUCACAAUUAUAACCAAAAAGAAAUUAGUGCCAAAUAAGAAAAAUACAAAUCCAUUUCUAGAUCCAAAUUUAAACGUAAAUGAAGUAGCUGUUGGGGAAAAUCCUUUUUUAGAUCAAAAUGAAACAAAUGUUGAGUCAGAAUAUAAUGCUGAAGCAAUAAAUGUGUCAUUGAAUAACUCACUGAAUGUAAUAGUACCAAGGAAAUUGUUUAUAUCUGAUACAAACAGUACAAUUUCAACGGUAAACGAAUCAGUGAACACUGAAUGUCAUGAAUAUGAAAAUAUAGAUAGCUAUCGUUCUGAGAGUCCUAUAUAUGAAAACAUAGGGGAAGACAUACCAGAUACUUUUAAUAAGCAAAGUAAAAUAUUAGGUUUUGAUGUUUCACAAUUUAGCGCUGUUGAUAUAAUGAAUUUGAAUAAAAAUUGCCCAGCAAAUAAUUCUAACGAAUCCAACGACAGUAAAAGAGAUUUAAAACAUAACUUAUUUAAAGUCAGCAAUAAACUAUCAAAGAAAGUUUUUAAGACUUUGAAAAAGAAAUUUAAAGGCGAGAAAGUGGAACAUAAUACCACCUUAAAUCCAUAUGAAGUUCCACGAAAACCUCCAAAACAGAAAUUAGACAAAAAAGAUUCCGGUAUAGCUAAUCCAGCAUUGAACUUGGAUAAUUCUGAUGAAAUUGAAAUUGAAGAACUUGAAGAUGAACAUGAAUAUGAAACAAUUAAAACAAUAAGAAAUACUCGUUUAAACACAAAUGUUACUCCAUUAAAAGAAAAAAAUGAUGAUAAUUGUGAUCUGUCCCGCAGUUCAUAUACUCCAGGCAAGAAAGUGAGGUUUGACUCUACAUUGAAUAAAGAAAAAAUAAUAACUGGCAACAGUUUUGACUGCGACAUUCAAAGUCCAGGAUUUGAUAGUAAAAUUGAUAAAUAUCAUGAUGAAUUGGAGAAUUGUAUUAAUGAGAGGAAAUUUUUGCAGCAAAAUAUG